CUGUGUAAGAGACGGGGAAAGAGGCUGCUGGAGAGACAGCCAGGAAUACAGGGAGACUGCAUGAGACACAAAGAGCUGGAAGCUCCUUGUCAUCAUAUAAAGAGACAGUCUGGAGGAUCUAGAGACGUCCAAGGAUAUUAAGGCGGACAGGAAUACCGAGGAGGUGUCUGUAAGAAAGCCAGGAAUGUUGUAUUAGAAGCUCUGGAUACGAGGAGACCAGCAGCCAGGACUGCAGAGCCCACUGGGUGUCUGAGAGUAGCACCAAGGUCCUGGGAUUCUAGCCACUGACCAGACAACCAGGGUGAAGAUGACUGUUAACAGUGACCGAAUUCACUGACCUGAUUGCCAUAGCCAACGAGACAGCAGCAGAAGAGAAAUAGAGAGACAUACUGUCACAUCACUGCAACCACCAUUCAUAAAGAAGAUUGGUGACAGUCACUCUGUUGGGAGAUGCUUGGUAUAAAGUAAGAAGGAGCUGGAAAAAGUCUGGGAUCCAGAUCAGGUAUCGAUACACACCUUGGGACAGGAUUAUAGCAGAUCGGUACUAAACAGCUGGAUUACAAGUGGAUCCCUCUACAACAGAAACAAUGAACUAUUUGAAUGUAUUGGCCAAAGCUCUGUAUGACAAUGUUGCGGAGUCACCAGACGAGUUGUCCUUUAGGAAGGGGGAUAUCAUGACGGUGCUAGAACGUAACACCCAAGGUCUAGAAGGCUGGUGGCUUUGUUCUCUGCAUGGAAGACAAGGAAUUGUCCCUGGAAACAGGCUGAAAAUUUUGGUGGGAAUGUACGACAAGAAACAAGGAAGUGACCAGAGCCAACAGAAACCUCAACCACAGGCCCAGCAGCAGCCACCUCAAACCCCUUUGCCUUAUAACAAUCAAAGUGUCUACAAUGUUCUUUCCACAAAUCAGUACACCCCAAUGCACUCAUCUUACCAGAGCCAGAGUGCAGAUAGUGUUUACUUGGUUCCAGCCCCACCCAAAGGACAGCAAACACAUUACCAGGCCCCUCAGGGGUCACAGCACCCUGGUCAAACAACUCCUUCUAAGCAGCCUACUUUGUAUCAGAACCAGCUACCCCAACAUCAGUUCACAAGUCAAGUUCAAGACAUAUAUCAGGUUCCUCCAUCCAUGAAUCCAUCACAGGAGCUCUACCAGGUGCCAGUAGGAUCCACCAGCCCACCUCAGUCUCAGGACAUUUAUCAAGUUCCACCUUCUGCAGGGACAGGACAAGAUAUUUACCAGGUGCCACCAUCAAUGGCCCCAUCUCAAGAAAUUUAUCAAGUGCCACCAUCCAUGGAUAUGCGAGGAGGAGGAGAACUCAGAAAGCCCCCAGGAAAGGUGGUUCUUCCGACCAGAAAAGGACAAGUCUACGUAUAUGAGUCACCCAAGCCCGAACAACAGGAUGAGUAUGACAUUCCUCGACAUCUCCUUCCUGCCGGACCACAGGAGAUCUACGAUGUCCCCACCAGGUGUCUAGUGAAUAACUACAGUCCAGAGGUGUACGACAUUCCACCGAUGGCAGUAAAAGGUCCUGUCAGCAGAGAACAAACCCAAGAGAUUUAUGACAUCCCUCCCAGCGUGGAGAAAAACCUCCCGGACCACCUGCCGUCUCAUUUAAUGAUUUACAAUAUACCACCCUCGGUAAGCAAAGAUGUGCCAGAUGCUCCUCAAAGAGAAGAAACCUAUGAUUUCCCACCUGCUUUUUCAAAUCAGAAAAUGCAGAUUCCGCCUAAGGCUCCCAUUCACAUCCAUGAUCCAGAGCCAUACAUUCCUGAAGACAUCUAUGAUAUUCCUCCUGCUGCUGUUAAGGGCAGUGACUCUACUUUUGCCCAAGAGAUAUAUGAUGUUCCCCCCAGCUUAAGAAAGACCGCUGGACAGAAUUUUAAUGAUGUUUAUGAUGUUCCAAGAGAGUUCCACAGUGGAAAAUCAUCAUUGGAGACUGAGGCAGAUUACAUAUACGAUGUUCCUCCUCAGGUAGACAGGGAGGUCAAAGUAGUUGAUGAAUUGACAGGAAACUUCAAGAGGCUUUCUGCUUCAAGCACCGGUAGCACCAGAAGCAACAUUUCAACUUCUUCACUUGAUGUUAUCCCAGUAAAAGAAUCAUCAGUCAUGUCACCAAAGACACCAGGGAAGGAGCUAAAUCUUGAUUUAGAGGCGGCAAUGGAGCUUUUGGUAAAAUUGCAACAUGGUGUAAAUAGUGCAACCUCCUAUCUUAUGUCCUUCAUGAGCAGCACCUGGAGAUGUCAGGAACAGAUGGAAACCAAUGUGCAGAGCAUCCAGGCUGCAGUAGAAGGAGUGAAAAGCACAGUUAAGGAAUUGCUAGAAUUUGCCAGAGGAGCAGUAGUAAAUUCAGCACAAGCUUCAGAUCGGACACUUCAUGCCAAGUUAAGCAAACAACUACAGAAAAUGGAAGACAUUUAUCAACAACUGCUUAAGCAUAGUCAGGCAUUGGACAGCUGUAACUGGUCCUUGAAUGUCCUAGUCACCAAUAAACAGGGAUCUUCUGAUGACCUUGACCGCUUUGUCAUGUAUUCAAGGGGGAUACCAGAUGACACCAAACAGUUGGCUUCAUUUCUACAUGGAAAUGCCUCUUUGCUCUUUAAAAGGAUCAAGCAUCAACAGUCAGUGGGAGAUCCUCAGUCUGGACAAGACAAUAGCAAUCACUUGGCCAAUAAUAACAAUAAUUUGUCUGCUGGCCAAAGUGGGCAUACAGAAAAAGCUAGUAUACAAUCAAGGCCCCUGCCUUCUCCACCUAAAUUUGUAGCAGAAGACUCUCCUGAUGGACAGUACGAAACCAACGAGAGUGGUUGGAUGGAAGAUUAUGACUAUGUCCAUCUACAGGGUAAAGAAGAAUUUGAAAAAACACAAAAGGAACUGCUUGAAAAAGGAAACAUUAUACGACAAGGGAAGGGUCAUCUAGAGCAGCAGCAGCUGAAGCAGUUUGAACGUCUGGAAGAAGAGGUUGGACGGCCCAUUGAGAACGAUCUGUCAAACUGGACUCCACCUCAACACUACAGCCAAGUCCGUAGCACCCUGAGCAACUCAGACCGGCAACUUCUUCUCUUCUACCAAGAACAGUGUGAGGCCAACGUCACUACUUUGACCAAUGCCAUUGAUGCCUUCUAUAGCUCCAUCAGUAGCAACCAACCUCCCAAAAUUUUUGUGGCCCAUAGCAAGUUUGUUAUCCUCAGUGCCCACAAGCUGGUAUUUAUUGGGGACACAUUGUCACGCCAAGCCAAAGCUCAGGACAUUCGAAACAAAGUCACCCACUACAGCAACCUUAUGUGUGACAAGCUCAAGGAGAUAGUUCUUUCCACCAAAACAGCAGCACUUCAAUACCCCUCUCCGUCAGCGGCCAAGGAUAUGGUGGAUAGAGUCAAAGACCUCAGCAACAGCACUCAGCAGUUCAGAAUGGUCCUCGGGCAGCUAGCCGCCAUCUGAAGGCACAGAGACCUAAUCCAGGUGUGACCAAGAGGCACCAUGAGGAGCAACUGACUCAGUGAGAUAGUUAUGACUCCUCUAUAGAGACUUUAAUAGACUUUGUUGCCACCUCAUAUAAGGACAAUUACGGUAAUUUUAAGUGACCUGUGAUUCAGUUUUAUUCAUGAAACUACACUACAGCCUAUGCUUCAUUUUCAGAGGAAUGUUAAACCACAAUUAGCUCCUAGAUAAACCUGUAAAUAUUCAGACCCAUUCUUGGACUUCAGAUAGAACAACCUGUCCAUUCCAUGUUCCUAAUUGUCACAAAUAAGAACAUUUUUGGGAUAAUGCAUUUUUUUAAAUCAAUUGUGUUUUACGCUGUAAAGGGUUACCCAUUGGGAGAUCUCCACUGCUUCGGGUAGCAUGUGUAUUACAAAGCCAGAGCCACUCAUUGGUUCUUCAUGAUUAAGGGCCAUUCAUUCUUCAACACACGACACUGAAAUAUUAUAGCAGUUACCAUUUUAGUUUUGAGAUUGUAUGCUAAAUUAUAAUAAUGUGGAAACAGAAGAUCCAUAAUUGGUUUUAAAGAGGUUUUCCAUCCAAAGACCGUACAAGAGAGGAGGCUGUGGGGCUCCAGGAGCCAUGGAAUAGAGCCCCAUUUUAUUUUUUGCUAUAGCCCCCUUUCAUCUGUAUAUGUAUGCUCUGUCUCUGUCUACAUUUAUUUGCACAUAUAUCUGGUUAUUAUGGCAAUGAGUAUGGUUUUAGCACUGACAAGCCACUUUGGCCAGUCUCCAACAAGCAAAUUGACUGUGGGAAACACGCUUUGUGUCGGAGCCUGAUUUCCCGGCCUGAACUCCCAGCAUCGUUAUGAUUUAUAAUGAGGUGUGUCCAUAGGCGUGCGCACGGGGUGUGCCGGGUGUGCCUGGGCACACCCUAAUCACACCCCUGUGCUACGCCACCUGCACUGCCAGCCGCCCCGCACUACUUACUACAUACUGCUGGGUGCAGGUCCAGUCCAGACUCCACCCCCACAUCCAGUCCAGACUCCACCCCCACAUCCAGUCCAGACUCCACCCCCACAUCCAGUCCAGACUCCACCCCCACUGCUCCGCUGUGCUCCGCCUCCUCGUCUCAGUCUCACUCACUCUGACGUCACGCACCUGCUCCGCCUGCUUCUAAAGUGGGAGGAGCAUGCGCGUGCGGCUUGACUGAGUGAGUGACGUCACGCUGCCGCCGGCUGCCUAUUUUGAAUGUGAAGAGCGGGAGCCUGCCCGCCCGCGCCCAGUCUGCCUAACUGCCCAUGCAGUUAAGGAUUAUUAGAUAGUAGUAUACAUACUAGCACAUACU